UCAUAUCUCAAGCAUCGCUGAGGUGAUGUUGCCAAGCAACACCAUCUUGGUGGGUUUCUUGAUAUCCCAGCUCUGCCUGGGUGUCAUAGGGAACUGGUUGCUCUUCAUGCUGUAUGCGUAUGGCUUCUUAGUCAAAGCUCGCUCCAGCAGACCUAUCGAUCCCAUUUUCAUGCACCUGAUGGUAGUCAAUAUAUUGACGAUCAUAUUUGCUAUGCUACCGCAUAUCAUGUCAUCCUUUGGAGUCAGAUAUUUUCUGAAUGAUGCUGGCUGUAAGGCAGUUUUAUAUGUGUUCAGAGUCACCCGGGGUCUGUCCAUCUGCACCACCUCUAUUCUGAGCACAUUCCAAGCCAUCACCAUCACUCCCAGUUAUUCUAAAUGGGCGUGGCUUAAGCCUAAACUCCCUAUGUGGAUGUUUUGCUCCUUCCUGUUUUCCUGGUUUGUCAAGCUGCUCAUAUAUGUGCACAUCAUUGAGACUGUGAUGGCGAAAAUCAAUGACACUAAUAUUGAUUAUGGAUAUUCUCAUGCUUACUGUAAAAGACUACCUAAUUACCCCAAACAAGGAUUAUUCCUGAGUAUUAUCACAAUAGGAGACAUCUUCUUUAUGACCAUCAUGAUAUGGACCAGCCUCUACAUGGUGUCUCUCCUUUACAGACACCGCAGAAUAACCCGGCAUCUCCACAACCCAAGCCUCUCCAGCCAGCCAUCUCCUGAACGCAGAGCCACUCACAGCAUCUUAUUGCUGGUGAGCUGUUUUGUGUUCUUUUAUUUGUUGAACAACUUCAUCACCCUUUGUGGAUUUUAUACAGGUGAAAGAAAGCCAACAUUGGGGGCAGUCGUUAUAAUUGUGUCAUCAUUCUACCCCACUCUCUGCCCCUUUUUAUUGAUGAGCAAUAAUAGAAUAAUUUCACAGUUUAUUUCUUCUUUGUCAACACCGAGAAUUAUCUGUUUUCAAAGAGCAUUCGGUGGCUGA